UAAAUCUAUCACACCCCUGCUGCCGCCGCUCCAAGUCCUCGAUCGAUCUUCUCCUUUGUCUUCACUCUCAGAAUCUCCUGGCAUCUCAUUCAUGGUGUAGAAAGAACUCGACACUGUAGCGUGAACUCAAACUAUCUGCUUUCUCUUUUCGAGUUUGGUGUUCGAGCGUGUAGAACGAGUUCGAGUGUUUCAGGAUACGGUGUUUGUGCUCGAGACUCUGUGUGAACUGUGAAGAAUAUUGUGAAUCUUUGUCUCCGGUUCGCGGAAGAGAAGUGAGUCUGGAGAAUUGUUUCUUGCUCAAUUGAGCAUCAUGGGAAGCAUGUCUGAAGGAGAAUCCUCCACAACCAUUCUUUAUUUCUCAAACCAAAGCAUUGGGAUUGCGGAAGGAUGCAACACCAAGAGAGGCUGUAUAGGGCAUCGACUUUCUUUCCACUGAAGUCAGAAACAAACUCGUGCUUGGCAUUGCUUGAUGGUUUCAUUGUUUAUGCUUCAUGCGUUACAAUGGUUACUGGUUAGCAUUGAUGAUUCGGUCAUGGGUAUGUAUAUAUGUAUGGAAAUUGAAUAAGUAUCGCAUGAGAAAUAACUUUUAAGUGAUGGUUUAUUAUUGUAUCAUUUUAUUUCAGGAUUGUGAUCCUCUUGUGGGUAAUCUUUAAGAUUUUUCAUGUCUGUUCUAUGCGUGUAAUGAUUUCAGAAUCUUUUUUCCAGCUUUCUGUAAUCAGUACAAAUUACCUUCUAUUGUCCCAAUCUUUUUUAUUUUUCUCUUCCCAUGUAAAUUUUAUGGUUGCUUCAUAUGCAUGUCCAUGUGAAUCCAAGUUGCAGUUUAUAACACCACAUGUUUAAAUGUUUUUGCUUAUGCUGGAUCUCUAUUUUCUUGUUUCAAUCUGAUCUGAAUAUUUGUAAUUAUGCUGGAACAGGGACCCUCUGUUUUUAUUUUAAAUGGCUAAGGUUCUAGGAUGUAGAGAGGUGCCAUUUUCUGAAACGAGAAAUGGGCAAGUGCCUGCUUUUUUAAAUAUUUUACGAAGUUUGGGCAAAGAGAAAUGCUUGCCUUGAUAAGACUAAACCAGAGCAAUCAAAUACCCCGAAAGACAACCCCAUAUCUAAAUUUUAUCAUCAAAUUGUCCAAUCUUUCUUUAGAAAAUGUAGCUGAUAUAGACAAAAUCACCAGAAUUAUUAACAGUCAUCCCUUUCCUGAAGAGUCUCUUCAGCCUGCACUUCACCAGCACAUCCCUCCUGCUACCCUCUCUCCUUGUUUUGUGGAGAAUGUGCUGGGGCGGCUAUUUGCAUCUCAUUCCAAUGGUCUUAAAGCCCUUGAGUUUUUCAAAUUUUACCUUCAUCAAUCCCAGUCUUGUCCAAGUUCUGAGGCGUUGAACAAGGCACUUCAUAUCCUGACAAGGAUGCGUUAUUUUGACAAGGCAUGGGAGUUGCUGGAAGAAACCAGAAAUACACAUCCUUCCCUGAUCACACUGAAAUCAAUGAGCAUCAUGCUGUCAAAAAUUGCCAAAUACAAAUCCUAUGAUGAUACCCUUGAAGCAUUUAGAAGGAUGGAGAGUGAUAUAUUUGUUGGGCGUAAAUUUGGCAGUGAUGAGUUUAAUGUACUUCUUAAAGCAUUUUGCACACAAAGACAAAUGAAGGAGGCAAGGUCGGUGUUCCAUAAGAUGUAUCCUCGAUUUCCCUCCAAUACCAAGACCAUGAAUAUCUUGCUUUUGGGCUUCAAGGAAUCAGGUGAUGUAACUGCUGUUGAACUAUUCUACCAUGAUAUGGUUAGACGAGGUUUUCAUCCUGAUACCAUAACUUAUAAUAUCAGAAUUGAUGCAUACUCUAAGAAAGGUUGUUUUGGGGAUGGUUUGAGACUUGUGGAGGAGAUGGAACGCAGAAAUUGCGUUCCCACAAUAGAAACAAUAACCACAUUGAUUCAUGGAGCUGGGCUGGUUCGAAAUUUAAGCAAGGCAUGGCAAUUAUUUAACGAGAUUCAUCUGAGAAACUUAGUUGCUGAUACAGGUGCUUAUAAUGCUUUGAUAAGUUCAUUGGUUAAAUCAAAAGAUAUUAAAUCUGCGCUUUCAUUGAUGGAUGAGAUGAUUGAGAGACACAUUGAACAUGAUAGUGUGACUUAUCAUACAAUUUUCUUUGGACUAAUGAGGUCUAAUGACAUUGGAGGUUUAAUUGAAUUUUAUCACAAGAUGACAGAGAGAAACUUUGUUCCAAAAACAAGGACGGUUGUUAUGCUGAUGAAAUAUUUCUGUCAAAAUUCUCGUCUUGAUUUAAGUUUAACUUUAUGGCAAUAUCUUUUAGAUCAAGGAUAUUGUCCUCAUGCUCAUGCUUUAGAUCUUUUGGUCACUGGGUUAUGCUCAAGGGGUAUGUUACAAGAAGCUUUUGAGUGCUGCAAACAAAUGUUAGGCAGGGGAAGGCACAUGAGUGAAUCAAGUUUUCUAAUGCUUGAAAGGUUUUUAAUCCAGGCGGGUGAUGUGGACAAACUGAGGAAGCUUGACCAGAUGAUAAAAAAAUUGGAAACUAUCUUGCCUCCAUCUAGAGGGCAUGCAAAAGGUAUUUCUUCCUCCAGAGAGAGAAUUUAGCUUAUUGUAUUUUUCAUAAUACCAGUAUGUGGAGGUAAAAUAAAUAUUUUUUUUAAAUAUCUUUUACAAAAUUAUCCUAUUGGGAGGAUCUUUUCAGAUGAAUUUGCGGCCUGUAUGAAGUAAAAUUUUGUUCAAGGCAGAUCGGCCUCCAAAUUGACAGAGCUAUUUUAGCACAUUUCAAUAUGGGGCAUUUAAUACUCUGUUUAUCAUAAUGCUACAUUGAGAAUUUUAGAUUUAAGGAUUGACAUGGAUUAUCGCU